UCAUAUGAGGCUUUAGAUGAGAAAGGAGCCCCAAGAUGUCCCAAGUAAAGCUGUCAUUUUCAUAGCAUAAAUUCAAAAGUUUGGCAACUGAGAAAACAUUCAUUUAUGUGUUAACACUGGUUGAGAAAAGUCUGAAGUUCUGUGAAAGCGAGUCAGAGUUCUAAAGACAGCAUUCUUUGUUGGAUGAAAUUGAUGAUGAGUUUGCUUGGACUAUCCCAAAGAGGAAUAUAACCAGAGGAUCAUUUUAGAAUUCUAGACAGCGUCUCCUCACCUUCUUUGUCUCUUUUUUUGGAGAUAGAAAGAUAUCAUAUCUGAUUUGUCCUUGCCCAUUUCCAUAUACAUUUAAUCAGCCCAGUUACCACCAUGAAUGAGGAACCAAUGAAUUCAAGCAACUUUGAAUACUUAAACGAUUAUAGUGCAGUCACUCCCAGUACAGAUUAUUUCAUUGAUGAGGGAUUGUUUUGUUUUAUGAAGGAUGUCAGAGACUUCACCAUGUUAUUUGUACCAAUUGCCUACUCCUUUAUCUGUGUCUUUGGCCUCCUGGGGAACAUUUUAGUGGUGAUUACCUUUGCUUUCUACAAGAAAGCCAAAUCCAUGACUGAUGUCUAUCUCUUUAAUAUGGCCAUAGCAGACAUAUUAUUCAUCCUUACUCUCCCAUUCUGGGCUGUAAAUCAUGCUACAGGCUCAUGGAAGUUUAGCAACAUUAUGUGCAAACUGACUACAAGUAUAUAUGCCAUCAACUUUAAUUGUGGAAUGCUUCUCUUGACCUGUAUCAGCCUGGACCGAUACAUUGCUAUAGUACAGGCGACCAAAUCUUUCAGGCUUCGAACCCGGACAUUGGCAUACAAGAAGAUGAUAUGUUUGGUGGUGUGGCUGUUCUCAAUCAUAAUCUCUAGUUCAACUUUUAUGUUCAACCAAAAAUAUACAACACAGGGGAGGGAGGUCUGUGAAGCCAAAUACCACACGACCUCGGAGGCAGUCAAAUGGAAAAUACUCAUCUUAGCUCUCCAGCUUCUCUUUGGUUUCUUUAUCCCUUUGGUGUUCAUGAUAUUUUGCUACAUGUUCAUUGUCAAAACUUUAGUGCAGGCUCACAAUUCUAAGCGGCAUAAAGCCAUCCGGGUGAUUAUUGUGGUGGUUCUUGUUUUCUUGGUCUGCCAAGUGCCCCAUAAUAUGGUUCUUCUCGUGGUGGCCAACAAUACAGGUCGGCUCCGAUCCUGCAGUAGUGAGAAGCUCAUAGCUUAUACAAGAAGUGUCACAGAAGUGCUGGCUUUUCUGCAUUGCUGCCUCAACCCUGUGCUUUAUGCAUUCAUUGGGCAGAAAUUUAGGAAUUACUUUCUGAAGAUCAUGAAGGACCUGUGGUGUGUGGGCAGGAAGCAUAAGCCAUCAGGCUUCUCUUGCUCUAAGAUCUAUUCAGAAAACUACAUUUCGAGACAGACUAGCGAAACCUGUGAGAACGAGAAUGCAUCGUCUUUUACCAUGUAGUGUACUAUGGAUAGAAAUAACCAUGACAGGCUUUAGAAAAUGAUAUCAAAGAAUUUCCUUAUCAUCCGUUGGAUGGCCAAUUCUCGAUUGUCUCGAAGUAGUGGAAGGAUAGCAUGGAUCCCUGCAGACCACAGGGGAAAAAAAAAGAGAAACCAAAAGACCCAAUUCUGUUUCCUACCUAAACAAACCUUUUUCAAGUCAACCAAUGGCCACAUUUACUUGCUUUAGCUUCCAUCUCUUUAAUUCUUCCACCCACUCUCAAGCAUUAUUGUGAAGUUAGAUGGUCAAAAGACCAGCAGUAGGAAGAAGGAAGCAAGCAGCUUAGAAUAUCUGAGCUAGAAUAAUGUCUCCUGCUGGAAUAAGAAGUGGUUAUGUUAACAGUAGUUCAUUGAAUCUUAGAUGGAGAGCUAGGAAGGAACUUUAGGGGUCAUCUGGCCCAACCCAGUAAUAUAAAAGUAUGGAAAUCAAGAAACAGAGAGAUUAAGAUGCUUGCCUAGGAGCACACAGGUAAUACGUGUUAGAACUGCUAUUUGAACCUAGCCCUCUUUCCAAAGCAGUUCAUGAGCUUCUGUGGAUAAGACAGUCAACAUUGUAAUGGACUGAAAAAAACUAAAACUAAAACAAAAAAAACCUGGUAUAGAAAGAACUCUAUUUUCUGUGGUUGGUACCUGUUUUAUAAGCAAUGAGAAAAAAAAAAACCUUCAAAAACCUUAUGUUCUAAUAGGUUUUUUUAAAAAAAAAUUUACAAUUUUUUAGUUUUACAGUUAAUGAAUUUUUCUGAAGCAGGUUAGAAAUGACUUUUAUUUCCUCUUAUAUCACAUAGUAGAAAGACUGGGUAAUUCUGCUUAUUUACUCCCCCCAAGUUAGUCAUUAUAUAUGUAACAUUUGACUUUCUAGUGAUUCUUUAAAUGAUCUUACUCUCAAAGAGAAGUUUGCUCUGGUUUAUCUUCAAUUACUCUUUCCACUAUGUCUGAGAAAUUAUAUGAUCCAAAUGUUUUCUUGAAGUAGUAUGCAGAUACAGAAUAAUAAUUGGGAAAUUAAAAAAAUACCAAUGCUCUAUAAGAAAAGAUGUUGGAAUGUAUAUCAAUGAAGAAUGCUUCAUGCCAUGCUGGACUGCUUUUGUAACCCUUUCCUAAGAUGAUGUCUAAAGGUUCAAGAGAUGUAUUUUUAGACAAGAGUUUUACAAAAUAAAAUCUUAUUACACAUUUGGAAAAGGUAGUUUUUACUAGACUAAGGUCUGUUGCUGAAUGUGUAAAUUGAUGGCUACAUUGACAUACAAGAGUUUGGGAAUUUUCAUUACCCUAAAUCACUAGGUACGUGGAAAGUUGCCAGCAGAUGACUCCAGUCAAAGAGAAACAGUAGUUUAUUCAGACAGUCUUUGAUCUAUGACUAAGAGUAUGAAUGUGAUCUAUAAAAAGAAACAUGUUAUUUUACUUGAAAACUAGGUCAGUGACACUUUCUUCAUAGACAUGGCCAAGGAAUGGGCCAUUUUAUAUCCGUUAAUUUUCCUGGUAAUUGAAAUGGCAGGUUUUUUUAAGAGUGGGAGGUAUUUUAAUCACUUUUGAUGGAAAUUCAACUGUAUUCUAAAUGUAAUUCAACAUUAGCUUUGUGACACACAGUCAUCUUUCGGACUAAGUUCUUAUGCCUUGCUGCAGUGUUGUGCCUCAGGGCCUAUCAAAAUGUGCAAGGCUAUUUGCACCCAUAAUAAGUGGUUCCAGACCUUUAAGUUUCUAUAGUUCCAGUGUCUGCUUUUUAUAGCUUUUCUGUUUCCUCAUUUGCUAUUAUCUGUCAUAUCUUGUUAUGUUUAAGGUACCUACUUCUGGAUGGGCUCUCUUUUUAAUUUGUUAGUUUUACUCUUCUCUGAUCUAAUAAAGCAUGUUAAAGUUGAAGGAAUCACAAGAGUAAACAGGCCCUGAGUAAAGGCCUAAGGCCUUUACUAAGGGACUCUCUGUUGACCAAAGCUUUAGUGGACUGACUUUGUUAUAUCUCUUUUUAGUCUUUAGGAGCCUUUUGUUUUCUGGAUAAAUACUAACAAUGUGUAUUUAUUUAUCACCUCCAUGAAAUUCCUAAUCUAAAGCCU